AUGCCCGCUCGCGGCGCGCAUACUGCGCCCAAGUUCGACUCCACGAAGCCAGAAGAGCUUCGUCGUUAUCGCGCCGAUGUUGAGUACUUGAUGGGGCUAGCAAAUAUCACUACGACUGAGGAUAAGAAGAAAGCAUGCUCACGUUACCUUUCAGUCCAAGACCAGGAGCUCGUUGAAGGUCUUGACGAGUUCCAUGAUGCCACUAAGACCACGGCCCGCGUCGGCAUCCACUCCGAGAACGAGCUCGCUGCGUUCUUCCGAACCUUCGUUCGCAUCGCCAAGUUUCUCAUUUCGAAGAAACGGCUUUCUGAGACUGAACAGAGCCACGCAUUCUUGCGUGCUCUCCAGCCCGCCUCGCUUCAAGCGGCUGUGAAGCAACGGCUUCAGAUCAUCCGCCCGAACGUCCACGCGGACGACCCUUCUGCCUUGCCGGCUCGCCGUCCCCUGCUGUUGAACGCGGCACCAACCCCGAGCCCCGCUGAACCUGUGGUCAAGACGGACCCCGAGCUGAAGGCGGUGCUCACCUCUAUAAGUCAGCUUGUUGCCGUGCUCGCCAGUCAAGCACGCACCAAUGCUGCCCCCAGCCAAUCCCCCCAGACACCCAGCAACGCCAACCCCUCCGCGAAUCCCGGCCGCUCCUCCGGACAGCGCCACCCCGGCUGCAGCUAUUGCCUCGACCUCACCCACUUCAUGCGCGAGUGCCAGAAGUUGAUUGAAGAUAUAAAAGCUGGAUUAGUCCGACGAAACGAAGAAAACAAGCUGGUCUUACCCGAUGGAAGAUACCCUUCCCGGGCUCUUGCAGGCCAGUGCCUCCGCGAACGAAUCCUCGCUUGGCACGAGCAGAACCCUGGCCAGAAACUGACGCCCCAGCUGAUCGUCGACGUUGUGAAGAAACCCGCUACCCCCACGCCAGUUCCCGCGGUCGACUCCUUCGUCUUGAGCGACGAGCAACGGCUUGAAGCGAUUGCCGUCGAGCAGCAGAUGCUGCGAACGCGAAUGGCGGCGAGGAAGGAGGCUGAGGCGAGAAAGAAGGGGGCAGAAGCAAAGGAGACGCCUGACUCGGCGGAGAUCAGCGAUCACCGCCCGAAGGCCGAUCAGCGAUCUGCUCCCGCUGCCACGUCAAACCCCGAUUCUCCUCCUACUCCCACCUCCUCGUCUCACGGCCCCCGGCCCCGGCCCACGACCACGCGACAGCUGACGCACCAGCCGCCCCUGACCUCACACCACCUCCGGGACCCUUCCCCGAACACCCCUAUGCCGCCGCUGACGCUGCUUACGCGCCGCCAAAAGAGCGCAAUCUUGGCGCUCCUCACAAGCCACCCGUCCGCCCUCCGAUUCACGACCCGCGAACGCGCAAGACGUGUUCAACGCGGUGCUAGACGCCGAUGUGACCGUCAAGGCGCGCAAGUUACUGGCCAGUCCGGAAGUCUCGGCUCUGGCUCGCCAAUCGUUUACGCCCGCGCCCGACCUGCAGACAAACCUGCAGAGCAACUCCUCAACAGCGAGGACCCGCUGCCUCCACUUACUGGCUUCGACUUGGCCCCACAAACGACCACGCCACGGCGCGCGCGCAGCCGCAAUCCGCGAUUCACUGCCCGAUGCAGUCUCCACUGCGGCCGCAAACCACAACGCGAAUGGCAUCUUUGUGCCAGACGCGCCUCAUCACUUCCGCCCGAAACAACCGCCAUCCGCUGCAUACUCCCCAUAGUCGACAAUCAAGAAUAUGUGGAGUCUAUUGUAGACCCCGGCUCGCAAAUCUGUGCGAUGUCGGAAGCUCUCUGCCAUCGCCUCGCCCUCCAGUACGACCCGACCAUCGUUCUUCAGAUGCAGUCCGCCAACGGGGCGAUUACCCCUUCGCUUGGAGUCGCUCGCAACGUCGCGUUCACGUUGCGCGACAUUGUACUGUACCUGCAGGUCCACAUCGUCCGGAACCCCGCCUACGAUGUCCUGCUCGGGCGUCCAUUCGACGUUCUCACACAGUCUGUGGUACACAACUACAGUAACAACGACCAAACCAUCACGAUCCGCGAUCCCAACACCGGCCGAACCGCGACCGUCCCAACCAUCCCGCGUGGCUCCUCUCGAGCAACAAAAGAGGGUUUUCUCAAGCUCAAGUCUUCACGUAUGAAGCACUGA